UCUCGCUGUAGUCUCUUCAUUGUGUUGUUUCUUUCUGUCCUCGGAGUCGCAUCGGCUGCUUCUGGCUUUGGAGUCUCAUCGGUUGUAGUAGAGUCGCCAGUUUGUGUUGAGAUUCAAAGGAGAUGUGGCAGUAGCGCUAGAGUCGUGUGCGGAAUGAUCUCCUGCAUUGUAACGUAUCGUUGUUGCGAUGGCUAUGAUCACGAGAAUUCGUCCGAAUGCUUCAGUGUGGACAUCGAGCAAGACGUGCAGUUGGAUGUUCCACUACGCUGUGAGAACAGUGGAACAAAGCUUCCGGCUUCUUUGGUGGCAAAUGAUGGUCUUGAUGCUUCUUCAGAAAAGUGCAAAUGUCUACCUCAAUUUAGUGGCCGCUGCUGUCAAAAUAAAGGUUAUUUAUACUAAUUCUGGAUUGUUUACUAUGCAACAUACAAUGACAAAUGUGUGGCAUUCGUUUGCUACAGGAAAGCCAGGUAGCUGUGGUUUACCCGAUCUCUACUCUCAUGUCUCUUCUAAAAAGCAUUGCAAAAUCGACGCGGACUGUGAAGGGAGGAAGAAAUGCUGUUACAGAGUCAACGGUCGCGUUUGUGCACACCCCGUCGCUGAAGAUCCCUGUAAACGUAUAGACUGUGAACUAGACCGGAUUUGCAGGCGAUCUAAUGAAAAUUCCCUCAUUCUUUACCGCCAUACUUCUAGCUCUUCGUCAUUUAUUGAAAAACGUAUAGAUGUCGAAUGUGCUCCUUUUGUGAGACCCGGUGUGUGCCCCUCGAUUGAAGAGCGACCGUGCCUGUUAUCUGAAUCUCACUGUGAUAACGACUCGUCGUGUCGUGAUGGUUCGAAAUGCUGCUAUGAGUCAUCGUGUAUUCGUCAAUGUAUCAAAGUAUAGAAAUUAUGUGAUGACACAUUUUGAACUUUCUAAGUUAGCUAAGAAAUUACAACAAUUGGAUUUAUCUGUCGAUUGCACUCAACAGCAGACUUAGCUAGACAAUUGCUGUAGCAAUAGAUAUUGUUGAUU